UUUAAAACAUGGGUGUUUUUGCUUUGUACAUGGCUGGAAAGCCAAAACACUUGGCCCCUUCCCUGAUCCCAAAUGCCAGAAGUCACUUGUCCCUUCUUGGGUCACUGUCCUCCCGGAUCCUGUGUGCAAGGGUGAACCUGCCCCUUCUUGGAACUCUUGGAGAGUAUUUGCUUUUCUGAGGCCCUUUGGUCCAUGGUGGCUGGGGGCUCAGGCAGUUAGUCCCGCCUCGCCUCUGACUCUGCGCCUGCCACCUCCCCUUGCCUCUUCCGUCACCUCGCUGGUCUCGGCCUGCUUGGCGGCACCAUGGGCGGGACGCUCGCCCGCGGUGGAGAGGAUGCCAGGAGGCGGCCCCGGGGUCCGCAGUCGGCUGUCCCGGGCAACAGCGCUCCGGCGGCUCCCGGCCGUCCUCGUCCCCGCGCGUCCCGGGAGCGAGCGUGCUGCCGGGCUGCUCCGCUCGGUUCUCCGGUGCGACGGGCGGGCCCGGGUCCGGACGGGGCCCGGCGCCACGCCCACCCCCUCCCCGGCCUCCCGGCCCGCGCCCCUGCGAGCGCGGGGCGGGGGCGGGCGCGCCCGGGACCCGGCGGACGCGCGCCGGGUGGCCGUUGCCGGGGCGCCCGUUGCCAGGGGCGUCGUUGCCACGGACGCCGCCCGUCGCUGGGCUCCUAGGGCGCCAUCGGGCCCUGCGCGGCGCCAUGGACGACCUGCGGGUGCUGUGGAUGCGCGACCGCGUGUACGCGGCCUUCGGCAUCACAGACCCCCGGCUCUUCGAGGAGCUGCUCAACCGCAACGACGGCGAGGUCGAGGACCUCAUCCUGCACUUCCUCAACCAGACCAGUGAUGAGGAGGGCGCCUUGACGCUCUUCUUCUACCGCAAGGUGGUGCCCGAGGAGGUGGAGGUGGAGAUCGAGGGCGACGUGCCGGUGGCCACCGAGGAGGAAGGCGAGGAGGAAGAGGAGGACGCCCAGAAAGUGGGGUCGGGGCGUGAGCCAGCCAAGAAUUUGCAGGUGAGAAACGAUUCUGUAAAUCAGCCUAUAAUCGACAUAGAGAAUGAAGAAGCAGGCGAAGAGAGUUUAGAAGACUUCCCCGUCAAGAGAACCGUUAAGCACAUUGUGGAUAAGACCCAUCUCUAUGUGCUGUGUACUCCUGUUCCUGAGGAGUUUCUGGACCAGAAUGUGGUGUAUUUUCUCAGAAAUACAAAAGAGAUGAUCUCCGAGGCUACAGACAUGAAGGAAGCCAUGGAGAUCAUGCCCGAGAUGCUGGAGUACGGAAUUAUCAAUUCUAACGUGCUUCCCUUUCUGAAGAAUGUCAUAUGUCAGGUUUUCAUGCCGGCUUUGUCCUUCAAUCAACACAAGGACGCCUCCCUGGGAUUCACAUCUUCAGAAAUCUCUGACUCUUUUGAGUAUGAAGUGGACCUACCCAACAUGCCCGGGGAAGCCUAUCACAGCAUUCAGCUGAUACGGGAUGAAUUUUUAAUGAACAUCCAGAAAUUUGCGAACAGUAUUCAAAGAACAAUGCAGCAACUUGAAGGUGAGAUCAAGUUAGAAAUGCCAUGCAUCAGCCUCGAGAGAGAGGUGUCUGACCUGGCCGCUGACCCGGAAGCCAUUGAAAUUUUAGAGCAGUGUGUGAUAAACUGGUUGAACCUGAUAUCUGCAGCUGUCGAGGGCCAACUGAAGAAGACUCCUCAGGGUAAUGGUCCUCUGGCCGAAAUUGAAUUCUGGCGGGAAAGAAAUGCAACGCUGAGUGCACUCCACGAACAGACGAAGCUUCCAGUAGUCAGGAGAGUCUUGGAUGUGAUCAAGGAGUCCGAUUCCAUGCUCGUGGCUAACCUGCAGCCGGUCUUAACUGAAUUAUUCAAGCUCCACAUGGAGGCCUCAGACAACGUGCGGUUUCUGUCCACAGUGGAACGCCAUUUCAAGAACAUCACGCAUGGAUCCAGCUUCCACGUCAUCUUGGAGACAAUCCCCUCCAUGAUGAGUGCCCUGAGGAUGGUGUGGAUCAUCUCCCGACACUACAACAAAGACGAAAGGAUGAUCCCACUCAUGGAGCGGAUUGCCUGGGAAAUUGCCGAGAGAGUCUGCAAAGUGGUUAAUCUGCGGACUUUGUUCAAAGAAAAUCGAGCCAGCGCCCAGCACAAAAUCUUGGAGGCCAGGAACACCCUCCACAUGUGGAAAAAGGCCUAUUUUGACACCAGGGCCAAGAUCGAGGCUUCAGGGAGAGAAGCUCGGUGGGAGUUUGACCGAAAGCGGCUGUUUGAGAGAACGGAUUACAUGGCCACCAUCUGCCAGGAUCUCUGCGACAUUUUGCAGGUUAUGGAGGAAUUUUACAAUAUAUUUGGUCCCGAACUAAAGGCAGUGACAGGGGAUCCCAAGCGCAUCGAUGAUGUCCUGUGCAGGGUGGACAGCCUGGUCACCCCCAUGGAAAACCUGGCCUUUGACCCCUUCAGCAUCAAGUCUUCCCAGUACUGGAAAUACGUGAUGGAUGACUUUAAGAUUGAAGUUCUGGUUAUUGAGAAAGAAGCAAAAAAUUUUAUUGAUGAAUCUUUCAAGACACUUCGGUCAGCUGAAGCAGCAUUCGACAUGCUUUUAAAAUUUAAGCAUAUUCGUUCACGGGAAGCUAUCAAUCGACAAAUGAUGAUGAAAUUUAAUGAUAUCCUUGCACAGUAUUGCAAAGAGAUCGACAUAGUUAAUAAACUCUUUGUUCAGAACCUGGACAACCCACCGUUGUACAAGAAUCACCCUCCAGUAGCAGGUGCAAUCUACUGGGAACGGUCCCUGUUCUUUCGGAUCAAGCACACCAUCCUCAGGUUUCAGGAAGUGGAGGAAAUACUGGACAGCGACCGAGGAAGAGAAGUAAAACAAAAGUACUUGGAAGUGGGUAGGACAAUGAAGGACUAUGAGGACAGAAAGUACGAGCAGUGGAGAGAGGCCACGGAGCUGGUCCUGCCCACUCUUAUGAAGAAGAGUCUGCUCACUAAGACUUCUUCUGUUGCUGACGAGAUGGCCAACGCUGACAAGCGGUCUCUGUUUGCAAUCAAUUUUUCACCUGCUCUCAAGGAGAUUAUUAACGAAACAAAGUACUUGGAACAGCUAGGAUUCUCUGUCCCUGAAUUAGCAAGAAAUGUUGCUCUCCAGGAGGACAAAUUUCUUAGGUACACGGAAGGAGUACAGCGUAUGUUGGAUCAUUAUCACAUGCUCAUAGGAACGUUAAAUGAGGCAGAGUCUCUUCUUCUCGACGAUCAUUCCCAGGAAUUAAUAAGAGUGUUUAGGUCUGGAUAUAAGAGGCUAAACUGGAACUCACUAGGUAUUGCUGACUACAUAACUCGGUGCAAACAGGCCAUUGGGAAAUUUGAGUCCCUUGUCCACCAGAUUCAUAAGAAUGCAGAUGACAUUUCUAACAGGCUUACGUUAAUAGAGUCUAUAAAUCUCUUUAAAUAUCCGGCACCUAAAAGUGAGGAAGAUCUCCCAGGCGUGAAGGAAUUCUUUGAGCACAUCGAACGAGAAAGGGCCAAAGAUGUGGAUCACAUGGUCAGGUGGUAUCUUACCAUUGGGCCUCUACUGACCAAAGUCGAGGGUCUGGUCAUCCACACCAACACGGGCAAGGCUCCCAAGCUGGCCUCCUAUUAUGAAUACUGGGAACAUAAAAUUUAUGAGGUCUUGACAAAGCUCAUCCUGAAGAAUCUGCAGUCUUUUAAUUCUCUAAUCCUUGGGAAUGUUCCAUUGUUUCAAACGGACACCAUUCUGACGGCUCCUGAGAUCAUCCUGCAUCCCAAUGCAAACGAGAUCGACAAAAUGUGCGUCCACUGCGUCCGAAAUUGCGUGGAGAUCACCAAGCAUUUUGUUCGAUGGAUGAACGGCAGCUGCAUCGAAUGCCCUCCUCAGAAGGGGGAGGAAGAAGAACUUGUUAUAAUCAGCUUUUACAAUGAUAUUUCCCUGAACCCUCAGAUAAUUGAACAAGCUGUUAUGAUCCCCCAAAGUGUCCACAGGAUUCUGAUUAGUCUUAUGAAGUACCUCCAAAAAUGGAAGAGGUAUCGACCUCUAUGGAAAUUGGACAAAGCCAUUGUGAUGGAGAAGUUCGCCGCCAAGAAACCUCCUUGUGUGGCAUAUGAUGAAAAGUUGCAGUUCUAUUCCAAGAUAGCCUAUGAUGUCCUGCGCCACCCUUUAAUUAAGGAUGAGCACUGCAUCAGGCUGCAGCUAGGGCCCCUGGCGAACACGGUGCAGGAAAAUGCCAAGUCCUGGGUGACCUCACUUGGAAAGCUUCUCAAUGAGUCAGCAAAGGAGGAGCUCUAUAAUCUCCAUGAAGAGAUGGAGAGGCUGGCCAAGAACCUGAAGAAGAGCCCUAGCACCCUUGAAGACCUUAAGUUUGUCCUUGCAACCAUUGCAGAAAUUAGAAGUAAAUCUCUGGUCAUGGAACUGAGAUACAGGGAUGUCCAGGAGCGAUACCGCACCAUGGCAAUGUAUAAUGUCUUUCCUUCUGAUGCAGAGAAAGAACUGGUUGACAACAUUGAAAGCAUGUGGUCAAAUCUGUUUAAUGAUUCAGUGAAUGUGGAGCAUGCUCUUGGGGGCAUCAAGAGAACUUUCACAGAGAUUACUCGAGGUGAAAUAUCAAACUAUAGACAGCAGAUAGAGGAUUUUGCAAAGUGUUUUUAUCGUGAAGGCCCUGGUUCUGUUGGUGAUGAUCUUGAUAAAGGAGUAGAACUUUUAGCCACUUUUGAAAAAGAGCUCAUGAAACAUGAAAAGAACCGUCAGGAGUUGGCUAAUGCUGAGAAACUUUUUGAUCUUCCAAUUACAAUGUAUCCAGAGCUGCUCAAAGUGCAGAAGGAAAUGAAUGGGCUGAGGACCAUUUAUGAGCUCUACGAAGGACUAAAGGUUGCAAAAGAAGAAUGGUCUCAGACCCUCUGGAUCAACCUGAAUGUUCAGUUCCUCCAGGAAGGAAUCGAAGGUUUUCUCAAGUCCCUCAGAAAGCUACCCCGGCAGGUCCGAAACUUAUCAGUGGCCUUCCAUUUAGAAGCAAAAAUGAAGGCGUUCAAAGACUCAAUUCCUUUACUUCUUGACUUGAAGCAUGAAGCACUGAGAGACAGGCACUGGAAAGAGCUCAUGGAAAAAACAGGCGUAUUUUUUGAAAUGACAGAGACGUUCACCUUGGAAAACAUGUUUGCUAUGGAACUUCACAAACACACGGAUGUUCUCGAUGAGAUCGUAAUGGCCGCUGUCAAGGAGAUAGCCAUCGAGAAAGCGGUGAAGGAAAUCCUGGAUACGUGGGAAAGUAUGAAGUUUACCGUGAUCAAAUAUUUCAAAGGCACACAGGAGCGAGGCUACAUCUUGGGGUCUGUUGACGAAAUCAUCCAGUGCCUUGAUGACAACACUGUCAACCUGCAAAGCAUCUCGGGAAGCAGAUUUGUGGGGCCUUUUCUGCAGACUGUUCACAAAUGGGAGAAAACGCUUUCUCUGAUAGGGGAAGUCAUUGAGAUUUGGAUGUUGGUUCAGAGAAAAUGGAUGUAUCUUGAAAGCAUUUUUAUCGGUGGCGAUAUCAGGUCACAACUUCCUGAUGAGGCGAAGAAGUUUGACAACAUCGACAGAAUAUUUAAAAGGAUCAUGGGUGAGGCCUUGAAGGACCCCGUGAUCAAGAGAUGCUGCGAGGCCCCGAACCGCCUGGCUGACUUGCAGCACGUCAGCGAGGGCCUCGAGAAAUGCCAGAAGAGCUUAAAUGACUACUUAGACUCCAAGAGAAACGCUUUCCCGAGGUUCUUCUUCAUUUCUGACGACGAGCUGCUCAGCAUCCUGGGCAACAGCGACCCUCUCUGUGUCCAGGAGCACAUGAUCAAGAUGUUCGACAACAUCGCUCUGCUGAGGUUUCACGAUGGGGAGAAUGGAGAAAAGCUGGUGUCCGCCAUGAUCUCAGCAGAAGGAGAGGUCAUGGAGUUCCGCAAGAUCAUCCGGGCGGAGGGGCGCGUGGAGGACUGGAUGACCGCCGUGUUGAACGAAAUGCGGAGGACCAACCGGCUGAUCACCAAAGAGGCUAUCUUUAGAUAUUGUGAAGACAGAAGCAGGGUCAACUGGAUGCUCCUGUACCAAGGGAUGGUGGUGCUGGCCGCCUGCCAGGUGUGGUGGACCUGGGAGGUGGAGGAUGUCUUCCACAAAGUACAGGAAGGGGAGAAGCAGGCCAUGAAGGACUAUGGCAAGAAAAUGCACCAGCAGAUUGAUGAGUUGGUCACUCGGAUCACCAUGCCCUUGAGCAAAAACGACAGAAAGAAAUUGAACACGGUCCUCAUCAUCGACGUGCAUGCCAGAGAUAUAGUUGAUUCUUUCAUAAGAGGCAGCAUUCUCGAGGCCCGGGAGUUCGAAUGGGAAAGUCAGCUGCGGUUCUACUGGGACCGGGAACCUGACGAGCUGAACAUUCGUCAGUGCACGGGCACCUUCAGCUACGGCUAUGAGUUCAUGGGUCUGAACGGGAGGUUGGUCAUCACGCCGCUCACCGACCGGAUUUACCUGACUCUCACUCAGGCCCUGUCCAUGUAUCUGGGAGGGGCCCCUGCUGGCCCAGCAGGUACUGGCAAGACCGAGACCACCAAGGAUCUGGCCAAAGCCCUGGGCUUGCUCUGUGUCGUGACCAACUGCGGAGAAGGCAUGGAUUACAAGGCCAUUGGGAAGAUUUUCUCUGGCCUCGCCCAGUGUGGGGCUUGGGGCUGCUUUGAUGAGUUUAAUCGAAUCGAUGCCUCUGUGCUGUCAGUCAUCUCCUCUCAGAUUCAGACGAUCCGAAAUGCUCUGAUCCAUCAGCUAACCACGUUCCAGUUUGAAGGGCAGGAGAUCUCCCUGGACUCGAGAAUGGGCAUCUUCAUCACCAUGAACCCGGGCUACGCGGGCCGCACGGAGCUGCCGGAGUCGGUGAAGGCCCUCUUCAGGCCCGUGGUGGUGAUCGCGCCUGACCUGCAGCAGAUCUGCGAGAUCAUGCUCUUCUCGGAGGGCUUCCUCUGGGCCAAGACCCUGGCCAAAAAGAUGACCGUCCUUUAUAAGCUGGCCCGGGAGCAACUCUCCAAGCAACAUCACUAUGAUUUUGGACUGAGAGCCCUGAAGUCCGUGUUGGUAAUGGCUGGAGAGCUGAAGAGAGGCUCUUCUGACCUUAGAGAGGAUGUGGUGCUGAUGAGGGCCCUUCGAGACAUGAAUCUGCCCAAGUUCGUAUUUGAGGACGUCCCUCUUUUCCUUGGUUUGAUUUCUGACCUGUUUCCUGGACUAGACUGCCCGCGCGUCCGCUACCCCGAUUUUAACGAUGCCGUGGAGCGGGUGCUGGAGGAGAGUGGCUACAUUGUCCUACCUGUCCAGGUGGAUAAAGUGGUUCAGAUGUUCGAGACCAUGUUAACCCGCCACACGACCAUGGUGGUGGGGCCCACCGGAGGGGGCAAGUCCGUGGUCAUUAAUGCUCUGUGUCAGGCCCAGACCAAGCUUGGGCUGAUGACAAAGUUGUACAUCCUGAAUCCCAAAGCCAUGAGUGUCAUAGAGCUCUAUGGCAUCCUGGACCCCACUACCCGAGACUGGACAGAUGGAGUGCUGUCAAACAUCUUCAGGGAGAUCAACAGGCCAACAGAUAAGAAGGAGCGAAAGUAUAUUUUAUUUGAUGGUGAUGUAGAUGCUCUGUGGGUGGAAAACAUGAAUUCUGUGAUGGAUGACAACAAACUGUUGACGUUGGCCAAUGGUGAGCGCAUUCGGCUUCAAGCACACUGUGCUCUGCUCUUUGAGGUUGGAGAUUUACAGUAUGCCUCUCCUGCAACUGUGUCUCGAUGUGGAAUGGUUUAUGUGGAUCCUAAAAACUUGAAAUAUCAACCAUUCUGGAAAAAAUGGGUUAAUGAAAUACAGAACAAGGUAGAGCAGGGCAAUUUAGAGAGUCUCUUUGAGAAAUACGUGCCCUAUCUCAUCGAUGUGAUAGUAGAAGGGAUAGUGGAUGGAAGACAAGGCGAGAAGCUGAAGACAAUAGUCCCUCAGACAGACCUAAAUAUGGUAACCCAGUUAACCAAGAUGUUGGAUGCACUACUAGAAGGAGAAAUAGAGGACCCCGACCUUCUGGAGUGCUAUUUCUUAGAGGCUCUGUACUGUUCUCUGGGCGCUUCUCUGCUCGAGGAUGGAAGGAUUAAAUUUGAUGAAUGUAUUAAACGACUUGCUUCUUUGCCUUCUGCCGAUACGGAAGGAGAAUGGGCCAAUCCCGGGGAAUUGCCAAGUCACCUUCCAACCUUGUAUGACUUUCAUUUUGAUUCCACGCGGAAGAAAUGGAUACCGUGGAAUCAAUUAGUUCCUGACUAUGUGCACAGCCCCAAGAGGAAAUUCAUCGACAUCCUGGUUCAUACAGUGGAUACAACACGCAUGACGUGGAUGCUGGAACAGAUGGUCAAGAUCAAGCAGCCUGUUAUUUUGGUCGGUGAAUCUGGCACCUCCAAGACAGCCACUACCCAGAACUUCCUCAAAAAUCUGAAUGAAGAGAUCAAUAUUGUGUUAAUUGUCAACUUCUCCUCCCGCACCACAUCAAUGGAUAUCCAAAGAAAUUUGGAAGCAAAUGUGGAAAAACGAACCAAAGACACGUAUGGCCCACCCAUGGGAAAACGCCUCCUGGUGUUCAUGGACGACAUGAAUAUGCCAAAGGUGGAUGAAUAUGGCACACAACAGCCAGUCGCCUUGCUGAAGCUGCUGUUGGAAAGAGGCUACUUAUAUGACCGUGGGAAGGAGCUGAACUGUAAAAGCAUUCGGGACCUUGGCUUUAUUGCUGCGAUGGGAAAAGCUGGAGGAGGCCGCAAUGAAGUUGAUCCGAGAUUUAUUUCACUGUUCAAUGUCUUCAAUGUACCAUUUCCUUCAGAGGAGUCUUUGCAUUUAAUUUAUUCCUCCAUCCUGAAAGGCCACACCUCGGUGUUUCAUGAAAGCAUCAUGGCUGUGAGUGACAAGCUGACUUUCUGCACAUUGGCGCUUUACAAAACCAUUGUUCAGGACCUGCCUCCCACUCCAUCUAAGUUCCAUUACAUCUUUAAUCUUCGGGAUCUCUCGAGAGUUUUUAAUGGUUUUGUCCUCACGAAUCCAGAGCGGUUCCAGACAGUGACCCAGAUGGUGAGAGUCUGGAGAAACGAGUGUCUGAGGGUCUUCCACGACCGAUUAAUCAAUGAAACAGACAAGCAACUGGUGCAAGACCACAUAAGAGACUUAGUUAUGGAACAUUUUAACGAUGAUGUGGAGGUGGUGAUGCGGGAUCCCAUCCUGUUUGGAGACUUCCGGAUGGCCUUGCAGGAAGAGGAAACACGCAUUUAUGAAGACAUCCAGGAUUAUGAGGCAGCCAAGGCUUUGUUUCAGGAAAUUCUUGAGGAGUAUAAUGAAAGCAACACCAAAAUGAACUUAGUUCUCUUUGAUGAUGCUCUGGAGCACCUAACCCGUGUGCAUCGCAUCAUCCGGAUGGACCGUGGCCACGCCCUGCUGGUCGGGGUUGGAGGCUCUGGGAAGCAGUCUCUUGCCAGGCUGGCCGCCUUCACAGCCGGCUGCGAGGUAUUUGAGAUCCUUCUGACCCGAGGCUAUUCUGAGAACAACUUCCGGGAAGACCUGAAGAACCUUUACCUCAAACUCGGGAUCGAGAACAAAAUGAUGAUCUUCCUGUUCACGGACGCCCACGUGGCCGAGGAGGGCUUCCUGGAGCUCAUCAACAACAUGCUGACGUCAGGUAUCGUGCCGGCGCUUUUCCCAGAAGAGGAGAAGGAGACGAUCCUCAGUCAGAUCGGACCAGAAGCCCUGAAGCAAGGGACGGGCCUGGCCAAGGAGUCCGUGUGGCAGUACUUCGUGAACAAGAGCGCAAACAACCUGCACAUCGUCCUGGGCAUGUCGCCGGUCGGGGACACCCUGAGGACCCGGUGCAGGAAUUUCCCAGGUCUUGUAAAUAACACUGGUAUCGAUUGGUUCAUGCCCUGGCCUUCUCAAGCCUUGCACGCGGUCGCUAAGUCAUUUUUAGGGACUAAUCCGAUGAUCCCGGUGGAAAACACAGAUAGUGUGGUGGAGCACGUUGUUUUGGUCCAUAAAUCCGUGGGUGAAUUCAGCAAACAAUUUCUACAGAAAUUGAGACGUAGCAACUAUGUAACCCCCAAAAACUACCUGGACUUUAUUAACACGUAUUCAAAACUGCUGGAUGAGAAAACUCAGUAUAACAUAGCUCAGUGCAAGCGUCUGGAGGGGGGGCUGGACAAGCUGAAGGAGGCCACCAUCCAGCUGGACGAGCUGAACCAGAAGCUGGCUGUGCAGAAGGUCGUGCUGGCGGAGAAGUCGGCCGCCUGUGAGGCCCUGCUGGAGGAGAUCGCCACCAACACGGCCAUAGCCGAGGAAAAGAAGAAGCUCGCAGAAGAAAAAGCCAUGGAGAUAGAAGAACAAAACAAGAUCAUCGCAGUGGAGAAGGCUGAGGCCGAGAUGGCCCUCGCUGAGGUCAUGCCCAUCCUAGAGGCCGCCAAGCUGGAGCUGCAGAAGCUGGACAAAUCGGACGUGACCGAGAUCAGGUCAUUCGCUAAGCCCCCCAAACAGGUGCAGACGGUGUGUGAGUGCAUCCUCAUCAUGAAAGGGUACAAAGAACUCAACUGGAAAACUGCCAAGGGCAUGAUGUCUGACUCAAAUUUCCUGAGGUCUCUGAUGGAGAUUGAUUUUGAUUCAAUCACCCCAAGCCAGGUGAAAAAUAUCAGAGGCCUCUUGAAGACUCUCAAUACCACAACUGAAGAAAUGGAAGCUGUGAGCAAAGCAGGCUUGGGGAUGCUGAAGUUUGUUGAAGCUGUGAUGGGCUACUGUGACGUUUUUAGAGAAAUCAAGCCCAAAAGAGAAAAGGUGGCCAGGCUGGAGCGGAACUUUUACCUCACUAAACGCGAGCUAGAAAGGAUCCAGAAUGAGUUGGCAGCGAUCCAGAGGGAACUGGAAGCCCUGGGGGCCAAAUACGAGGCGGCCAUUCUGGAAAAGCAAAUGCUGCAGGAAGAAGCCGAAAUCAUGGAGAGGCGGCUGAUCGCUGCGGACAAGCUCAUCUCAGGCCUGGGGUCUGAGAACAUCAGGUGGCUGAACGACCUGGAUGAGCUGAUGCACCGGCGGGUGAAGCUGCUGGGGGACUGCCUGCUUUGCGCGGCUUUCCUGAGCUAUGAGGGCGCGUUCACGUGGGAGUUCCGUGACCAGAUGGUCAACCAAGUUUGGCAGAAUGAUCUCCUGGAGCGGGAGAUUCCCCUGAGCCAGCCUUUCCGGUUAGAAAACCUGCUCACAGAUGAUGUUGAGAUCAGCAGGUGGGGAUCCCAGGGACUGCCCCCCGAUGAGCUCUCGGUUCAGAAUGGCAUCCUUACCACCCGGGCCAGCCGCUUCCCCCUCUGCAUCGACCCCCAGCAGCAGGCCCUCAACUGGAUAAAGAGAAAAGAGGAGAAAAAUAACCUGCGGGUGGCUUCCUUUAAUGACCCUGACUUCCUGAAGCAGCUGGAGAUGUCCAUAAAGUAUGGGACUCCUUUCCUGUUCCAUGACGUGGAUGAGUACAUUGAUCCUGUGAUUGAUAACGUCUUAGAGAAAAAUAUCAAAGUCGUCCAAGGACGGCAAUUCAUCAUACUGGGAGAUAAGGAAGUGGAUUACGAUUCAAAUUUCAGACUGUACCUAAACACCAAGCUGGCCAAUCCCAGAUACACCCCGUCUGUGUUUGGGAAGGCCAUGGUCAUCAACUACACGGUCACACUGAAAGGCCUCGAGGACCAGCUGCUGAGCGUGCUAGUGGCCUCCGAGAGGCGAGAGCUGGAGGAGCAGCGGGAGCACCUCAUCCAGGAGACGAGUGAGAACAAGAACCUGCUGAAGGAUUUGGAAGACUCCCUCCUUCGGGAACUGGCGACCUCCACGGGGAACAUGCUGGACAACGUGGAGCUGGUGCAGACCCUGGAGGAGACCAAAUCCAAGGCCACGGAGGUAUCAGAGAAGCUCAAACUGGCGGAGAAGACAGCCCUGGACAUCGACAGGCUGCGGGAUGGCUACCGGCCAGCCGCCAGGCGGGGAGCCAUCCUGUUCUUCGUGCUGUCCGAGAUGGCCCUGGUCAAUGCCAUGUACCAGUACUCCCUCAUCGCCUUCCUGGAGGUCUUUGGCUUGUCACUUAAGAAGUCCCUGCCUGACUCCAUUCUCAUGAAGCGAUUACGGAACAUUAUGGACACGCUGACCUUUAACAUCUAUAACUAUGGUUGCACGGGGUUGUUUGAGAGACACAAGUUACUCUUCUCUUUCAAUAUGACGAUCAAGAUAGAACAAGCAGAAGGCAGAGUCCCCCAGGAAGAAUUAGAUUUCUUCUUAAAAGGAAACAUUUCCUUGGAGAAGAGCCAACGAAAAAAGCCCUGUGCAUGGUUGUCUGACCAGGGCUGGGAAGAUAUCAUGCUUUUAUCCGAAAUGUUCUCAGACAACUUUGGGAAUCUUCCUGAUGAUGUGGAGAAACACGUGGCAGUCUGGCAGGAGUGGUAUGACCUGGACUCACUCGAGCAGUUUCCAUUUCCCUUGGGUUACGAUAACAACAUCACCCCUUUCCAGAAGUUGCUUAUUUUGCGCUGUUUCCGUGUGGAUCGGGUGUAUCGGGCAGUGACCGACUACGUGACUGAAACAAUGGGAGAGAAGUACGUGCAGCCCCCCAUGAUCAGCUUCGAGGCCAUCUUUGAGCAGAGCACUCCAAACUCGCCCAUUGUGUUCAUCCUCAGUCCCGGCUCUGACCCUGCCAGCGACCUUAUGAAAUUAGCCGAGCGCAGUGGUUUUGGAGGAAACCGCCUCAAAUUCCUCGCCAUGGGUCAAGGCCAAGAAAAGGUAGCGCUGCAGCUGCUGGAGACAGCAGUGGCCCGUGGGCAGUGGCUGAUGCUGCAGAACUGCCAUCUCCUGGUCCAGUGGCUGAAAGAUCUGGAGAAGUCCCUGGAGAGGAUCAGCAAGCCGCACCCGGACUUCCGCCUGUGGCUCACCACAGACCCCACCAAGGGCUUCCCCAUUGGGAUUCUGCAGAAGUCCUUGAAGGUUGUUACAGAGCCCCCCAACGGGCUGAAACUCAACAUGAGAGCAACGUACUUCAAGAUCUCUCAAGACACACUGGAGCAGUGUCCGCACCCGGCCUUCAAGUCCCUGGUCUAUGUGCUGGCGUUCUUCCACGCGGUGGUGCAGGAGAGGAGAAAGUUCGGGAAGAUCGGGUGGAACGUGUACUAUGACUUCAAUGAGUCUGACUUCCAGGUCUGCAUGGAGAUUCUGAACACGUACCUAACAAAAGCCUUCCAGCAACAUGACCCUAGGAUCCCGUGGGGCAGCCUCAAGUACCUCAUUGGAGAGGUCAUGUACGGAGGACGAGCCAUCGACAGCUUCGAUCGGCGCAUCCUGACCAUCUACAUGGAUGAGUACCUGGGAGACUUCGUUUUUGACACUUUCCAGCCAUUCCACUUCUUCCGGAAUAAGGAAGUGGACUAUAAAAUCCCCGUUGGUGAUGUAAAGGAAAAAUUUGUUGAAGCCAUUGAGGCCCUCCCACUGGCCAACACACCCGAAGUGUUUGGUCUUCAUUCCAAUGCUGAGAUUGGAUAUUACACUCGGGCGGCUCGGGACAUGUGGGCCCACUUGCUGGAGCUGCAGCCUCAGACAGGGGAAUCCAGCAGUGGCAUCAGCCGGGAUGAUUACAUUGGCCACAUUGCCAAGGACAUAGAAAACAAGAUGCCUAGAAUCUUUGACUUGGACCAGAUCAGGAAGCACCUCGGGGUGGGAAUCUCCCCCACGUCGGUAGUGCUUCUGCAGGAGCUGGAACGCUUCAACAAGCUCGUCAUACGGAUGUCCAAGUCUCUGGCUGAACUUCAGAGGGCCUUGGUGGGAGAAGUUGGCAUGAGCAACGAGUUAGAUGACGUAGCCAGGUCUCUUUUCCUCGGGCAAAUCCCUAGUAUCUGGAGAAAGCUUGCCCCGGACACGUUAAAGUCCCUUGGGAACUGGAUGCUCUACUUCCUGCGACGGUUCAGCCAGUACACGUUGUGGGUCACCGAGAGCGAGCCCAGCGUGAUGUGGCUCUCGGGGCUGCACAUCCCAGAGUCCUACCUCACGGCCCUGGUGCAGGCCACCUGCCGGAAGAACAACUGGCCGCUUGACCGCUCCACCUUGUUCACGCAAGUGACCAAGUUCCAAGAUGCAGAUGAAGUGAAUGAGCGGGCAGGACAAGGAUGUUUUGUCUCGGGACUGUAUCUAGAAGGCGCUGACUGGGAUGUAGAAAGAGGAUGUCUUAUCAAGAGCAAACCUAAGGUGCUGGUGGUCGACCUGCCGAUUCUGAAGAUCAUCCCCAUCGAAGCCCAUCGCCUCAAACUGCAGAACACCUUCCGGACGCCGGUCUACACCACCUCCAUGAGAAGGAACGCCAUGGGAGUUGGUCUGGUGUUUGAAGCCGAUCUCUUCACCUCAAAACACAUUUCUCACUGGGUGCUGCAGGGGGUGUGCCUCACGCUGAACUCCGACUGACCGUCCGGGCCAAGAAACCCACACGCCCAGCUCCGUCCGGGGCUGGCGGUGGGAAUGUGGGCAGUCGGCAACAGUGGUCACGUCUGCGGUCAGCUCUCGGGGCCUGGAGCGGCUGGGGGUGGACGGACAUGGCUUUUCCUUUCAUUUGAAAUCAGUCAAUUUAAUCUCUUUCCGUAGAAAUUAAGCAGAUGGUUUUGGUUUUUAAACUGUUUCUAAGGAUUCUGCAUAUUUGAAAAGUAAAUACUAGAGAACA